GAGUACCCCGUAUGUAUCUAACGUCAAAUAAUGGUCCCAUCUUGCCGAUGUCAUCACAUUCCUGUCAACAGUUUUGUCCCCGCAUAUGUAUAAGCAUGCACCUGUUUCCAAGCAUCACGCUCACACACAAGUGCGAUCGGUUGCAUGCCUGGGUCCGGCCAAGAUAAGAGGAAGGAGGAGGAGGAGGAAGAAAACAUAAGUAAGCUGACUGUGACCUGGGCACUCCAUGACCACACCACUUGCAGGCAUUCCACCAUUCUAGUUCUGGACUUGAUUCUCUCGAUUAGGAUUUGUCUAGCGCUGGCAGUUGGGGCAUCAGAUGCAUGUGGUCAUUCAUUCACCUGUUCCGACUCCUGGCUGACAUUGUAAGUGCGACAUGACAGAUUUGAUUGAUUGUAGCGCCCAUGUAGGCGAAUGUAUCAUUUCUCCGAUGUAACAUCACAAUUGAAGUUGGACAAGUUCCUGUUUCGAAACUGUUCUCAAUCGGUACGCAGUAGAUAAUCUGUUGGAUAGCUCUAGCGACGCCAUUUGGAUUGUUCAAGGAUAUGCAGCCUUAUGAGGAUCAGCAAGUAUAAACGGGGACGCUACCUCUUGGGUGUGCUCAAACGUCACUUGGGCAAGUCUCCGCCCUCUCUCCGUCUAAGCGGAUUUCAGAACCAGAACGUGGAGUUUUGAGACGAUUGGACCCGACUAAGGUUGUGUGACCCCCAGGAGAAUCUCUGUACGGGGAAGCUGUUUCUAUCCAGUUAAAACGGCCAAUUGUGCCAGGGAUGCCGUUUUCGGGUGAAGAUGUUUUGUUACUGCCUUGCGCGGACAAGGUCUAAAAAAGAUUCAUGUAACCUAUUUCGGUACCACCCCAGGAGCCGACCGACCCCUUGAUCCAGAAAGCAAAUUGGAAAAAAAAAGGUAGGGGUAGGGUAAUCCAAAAAGGAAGAAGAAAGAAAAAAAGCCAUUUAGCGAUCUCCCGUCAGCGUUGGGAUUUCUCCAUAAAGGUAAUAAGACACGCGUUGAUCAGAGCUGGGCGAAAUUGUAACAAAAGCAAGUUGCUCGCUCUCUUUUUCCCCCAUGUAGCGUUGCACCGCCAUCAUCAUCUACUCACCUCCAACUCGGCUUUUGAACGAGGUCAGGUGGAAGCCGGGUAGGACAGCGAGGCUUUAAGUUGAUUUACUUGAAAGGCGUUUCUCAAAUCAGCCAUCCUUGCAUGCAUUGAACGGUUUGUCAAAAUUUUCAGUGCGUGGAGGAUGCCAACCUUAAAUCAACCAGUUUUGCGCUAGAUCUUUCACAUGUCUUUGCUCAAUUCGCGUUGAUUAGCACUUCACCCGCCUCUCCAAUUCAGCAUUGGAAAACUACUGUACUACCGCGCAGGAGCUGCAAGGUUUGCGGCAAAGGACAGACGGGACACGCCGUACGAAAUGGCGGGGUCUCCGACGCCAGACGAUACCGACAACAGCUGGGCCAAUGCAGCUUCAAAGCGGGAAGCCGUUGGCGUGUACACCAGUUCCUCAGCUCAGCUGCAACAACCAUCCGCAUCAUUGGCCACCGACCAGGGUCACCAGCAGCGUCAGCAACAGCAACAGCAGCAGCAACAACAAGAACAACAGUACCACGAUCAGCAGUCAACUUCCUUUCAAAUCCAGCAACAAGAACAACCGCUCGAUAUAAUAUCUCCCGAUGUCUCCAGGAGCAACACCGUCACCUCCAAUGUCUCGUCAAUCGCGACCCAAGACAAGGCGCUAGACGCCGCCGGCGCAUACAGCACCCGCGCGAACCGCCAUCUGCCCGCAUGGAAGGAAGAGGAGGCUGGCGCAGCAGUAGCAUCGGCAGCUAGCCUUAAUAACCACAGUAACACCAACGCUACCCCAUCAACUGGGUUCCCUCAAUCUUCAAGUCCACCCGCCAUGGAGCAAUCACAGGGUGGCUUUUUUUAUGGCCAAUCGCCCAACCAAUCUCAGUACCAAGUUUUGCAGGAUGCCAAUGGACAAUUCUACUAUUCCCAAAGCCCAGACCAGCAUCCUGGAAGUGGUCAGUUGUACCAAAGUCCUGCGUUUAUGCCUCCUCCUGGUCCAUACUCCCAGACUUCGACGGCGUACAGAGGUGCCGGUGAAAUGCAUGACCCUCCACAGUCGGCGUUCCUCAUCGACAACAACGAUCCUAACAAAGCUUCCGGGUACCGCAAUGGCGAUAGCAAACAGGGUAUCUUCCGCCAUACAAUACAUCCCGAGUCUCCACCUCUGUUGCCGCCGGGGGCGCUGCCGCCGCGCCCCAGCCGCAACGAGUUCAAGAUCUUCGGCCGUUGGCGCUGGCAUUCGUGGUGGGGUAUGUUUCUCUUCGGCAUUUUUGGUAUCGCGUGUGCCAUUGGUCAUCAUGCCUGGUACAGCUCUUUGCACGGCAAGAAGGCCGAGCGCCAGCUGGAGUAUGUUCGUUACGGGACCAUCCUCGCCUUUGCGGCCAAGGCUGGCCUGAGCGCCUCCAUAGUGACGGCCUAUCGCCUGCGGGUGUGGACGACGGUGCGCACGCGGUUGAUGAGCGUCAGGGCACUUGAUUCCAUGUUCGCCGCGACCGAGGACGUCACGGCCUUUUUCAACUGGGAGUUCAUCAGCCGGGCCAAAACAGUGGCCGGUCUGGUUGCCUUUGUCUGGCUUUCUCCCUUGAUUGUUAUUCUGACUGCAAACACAUUGAUGGUGGAGAUGCAGCCGUCGGAGCACAAGACGUUUUGCCCGAGCGUACGGACUCUCAACUUUGGUCUGGAGGAGACCAAUGACUGGCGCAAGCCAACCCUGGUCGACGACAUCAGGUCAAUGUCGCUGUCUUUUUACAACUCGACCAUUACUGCAGCCGACGACCCUCCUCCCGAAGGCUGGUUCGAUUAUUGGACCGGCCCGUCACCGAAGCUCGAGCAGGCCGCCACGAUUCCAGCCUUUAUGGAGAUGGUCAGUGCCCGCCAGAAUGUAUCUUCCGACGUUUGCUCUCAGGGUUGGGAUUGCCUGUACAACAUCUCCUUCACCGGCCCUGGCUACAAGUGCACCGAGCUUGCGAGCGGCGUUGGGUCGGUACCAAAGAUCUUGACAAUGCAGUCGGGUUUCAAGGCCAAGUCUCCGAUUGAAACAAGCUGGCUUCUUCCCAAAGGAAGCCAUGCCUACUAUGCCUUCAACACGGGUGGAGAAUACUCAAGGACGCAGAUGAAGGACGUCUCACCUGGCGGCAAGCCCAUAGGCGAUUUCAGCAAGGGAGGGUCUGCGCCAAAGUACCCCCCAAACAUGGGUGCUUUCCGCACAGAUCCCUUGAUUUGGAUAGGAUAUUCCGAGACUACCAAGCCCUACGACCGGCUGCCUGUGAACCGCAGCGAUCCUGAGUGGGACAACGCCUUCGUUCCCAAGAUUUUUGCUUGCGAGCACUACGAGACCAAGUACACUGUUCAGUUCAACCACACUGGCGGUGUGCAAAACACAACUGUCUUGUCCCGGGAGUUUAUAAGACCCAUCAUAAACACGACGUAUAUCCCGAGACUUGAUGCCCAGGAUGGUACCAACGACAACACGACGGCUGUACCCCAGGCGAACUACGUCAAACCGCAGGACAUUGCCAAGUACCGGCUCACGGCCGGGUAUUACGGCAUGGGACAGCAGCUGCGGCUUUUCCUCAAUGGAACCGUGUCCAUGGAUGGACCAGAAAGCACACCAUUGUCGAACCCGAAUGCAAACACAAAGGCCAUGCAGACAAAGCUACUGGAGAAGCGGCUGUACACACCGUACAACAACCUGAUGGACCGGGUGCAGGGUCUCUAUGAAGACAUGCUCCUGUCCAUAUUUGCGGAUCCUCUUUUGAACAUUGUAGUCUGGGCUGCGAAGCCAAACGAGCCCAGUGGCCUGCGCACUUCCCAGGCUGCUGCAAUUGACAACAAACAGGAUCCCAAGGACUACGAACACCCCUGUGUCAAAUCAAAAACGGACAACGUCUUUGUCUACAAAAAGGCCGACCUCUGGGCGGUGUACACCAUCGGCAUCGGACUCACCAUGCUCGGCAUCGCGGCCGGGCUCUGGGCCGUCAUCUGGGAGGAGCGACAGGGCGGGCGCAUCGCACGCAACACGCGCUUCAGCAGCAUCGUGGCGGCGACGCGCGGUCCGGCCCUCGACGGCGUGGCUUGGUGGGCCGUGGACCGAGGUCGCGUCCCCAAGGACGUCAUGGCGGCGCGGAUGGGCUUUGGCCUGCUGCCGAGCGAGUACAGGAAGAGGCAGAGCGGCGUCCCCAUGAUGGGCACGCCCGGCAUGCCCUCGCGGCAGUUCAGCUCCGACGCCUUCAGCUUGACUGAGAGGAGAACCAUCAGCGGGUACAGCUCGGCGAGAGCGGCGUCGCCGACUGCGAGCCUGCGGAGGAGGGGGAGGGAUCCGCUCAUGUACGGGUUUGGACUGGAGGGUGAGGUUGAACAGCCUACCACCAAGCUGCCCAAGUUUGGCUAAGGGACGAAUUUGAGGAUUUGUCUCGGGAUUUCUUUUCUUUUUUUUUUGGGAAUAUAGGAUAUUCUACAUUUUAGCGAGCGUGCAAAAAGCGAAACUCAUUUUGUCUGCUGUUGAGAUUUUCUCGGCACUUGGUUACCAACAAUACUCUACCUAUGCUACACCUAAUCAAUAGCUCAUCACACAAUACUGCAGUCGAACAAGCUCCGAGAUGUCGUGGAUCUGAAUGAGAUUAACAAGUCAUGUGAAACCGAG